AUGAAGGUUCAGCAUGAUGUACUAAGUCAUGUGCAGUUCCACAACAUUACAAUUGAUCUCACAGACCUUGCUACCAUCAACUCAGUGACAAAGGGCAAGAUUCUCUGGGACCUGUAUGAGCACAAUUUCCACUUUGAGCUGGUUGCCCUGGACCAUCUGCUGGUGCCCACCCUCUGGUCAAGUGUGGAAUCUGAGUGGCUGGACCAAGUCCAUCAGAUCUUCCCAGGAGAUUUGGAGCUUAUCAUGUUUGCCAAACCCUUCCCAGUUAAGGAUCAAGGUCUGGCCUCACUAGAACCCCAAACAAAGCUGGAAUAUGUUGAGAGGUUCUGGAUGUUGCUUGCUUCAUGGCCAGGGUUUCUGCCAGAUUUGGGAACCUCACUUCCAUCAUCAGCCUCACCAGCACAUGUUUGGGCAGUGGAAAAAUGGCUUGCAUUAUUUUAUGUGCAGUCAUUCUUCAAUAACUUUGGUCAUUUGCCUAUUGUCCUCCUGUCUUAUUCUGAAAAAUCCUCGCAGUAUUUAUGGCUUGGGCAAUAA